AUGCUCCGCAAAGCAUCUCAACGGUUGCUUUCAAAAUGGAGAAAGAAUGAUUCAAAAAGUCGAUAUGAGCAAGAUUCAGAACAAGCUUCACGAAUUAAUGACGCACAUGACUCAGACGACCGUACACCUCUUCUUUUCGACACUUCCUCUACCCUUGUGACAGAGAACUUGAAGAAAGAGGACAGUACCCCACUUUGGCGUCCACCACCGCCACCACCUCAGCGUAUUUGCGACACACCUUUCCCCAAACGCAAGUCAGACACUGUCUGGCCUACCCAGCGCUCAGUACUUCCGACUGUAUCUUCUCAAGCCAAAAGCUCGCAACCAUGCUCUCUGUACUCCAUUCCAAACAUCACUGGCGACCUUCCUUCACCUCCCGAACAUGACAGCCAGGCGUCAUCUCCUUCUCUGGUUGAGAGUCGGAAUCUGCUGUGGAAACGAAGUGGAGAGCACAGCGAGCUCUUUAUCCCGAUCCUCAAGAUGGUCAAAGAACGAGAUGAGACGGAGGAUGGGCAGGUGGUCGACGACAUGCCGCCACCAGCCAUUUUCUAUGCAGCUGCAAUGCGUGCGCAGCCCCUCCACGCGCUCGCGGAGGAGGAGGAGGAAGAAGAAGAAGAAGAGAGCGGACAUUUCAACGAGAUCUUCGAUGAGAAGACUCGCCUACUCGAUUUCUUCCCCGUUCCUCCCUCGUCUACACCGCUUGGACUGCCGUCCUUCGUCUCUCGGUGGUCCCAGCGCCCCUUAUCCGACUCAUGGGCACGAAUCCCAGAGGUCCGGCCCUCAGGAUCGGCCGACUCACAUUCCUCCUCGCCAUCGUCCAUCUUCACAGCCCUUUCUCUGGACCCGUUCGAGGACCCCAAGGGCGACUGUUCGUCUUUGGACUCGGGCUGUGGCACGCCUGAUAUGACGGAUGUUUCGUCGGUCUCUGACGAGAGCUUCGGGGUGCUUAGACGAUCCCAGCCGACGGGGCAUAAGGCCCUUCACAAACGCGCUUCAGUGGGCAAGACAAGGGCCUAA